UAAUUAUAAGGUUUUAUGUGCAAAUUGACGAUCGAAGAAUUCGAUAAAAUUUCGAACGUUUCGUUUAGGAUCAAUUCGGACAUUUGCUGCGGGCCCCUGUUUAAAAUUGUGCGAAGCUAAAUAAAUCAGUCAUAAAUUUUAAAAGUACUUAUUAUGGAUGAAGCCCUGUAAAAUUUACGACCUUUUCUGAAUUGUUGCAUGGAUAUAACUAGGUUGUCAGUCAAAGAGGGCAAACUUUAUCUUAAGAUAAAUUUCAUCAUAUUAUGUACUUUAAAGGAAUUUUAGAUUUCUGAAAAUAGGAAACACACAACGAAAAUCUUUUAUGGCAAUUAAAAAGAAGAACACUGUUAUAAAAAUUUGUCACUCUAACUAAAAGUUCGUGUACGGAGUUCGAUAAUUUGUCAGAAGUAUAGAUUUUGACAGAGAUAACUCUAGCGAAAGGGUUAAAGCGCAGGUUCCAGGAAGACUCGCACCGUCCCUGAUUUCGUGGUUAGCGCGAGUACGGCGCGUAAGGGCCCAAAAUAAGACGCCCCUGGUGCAGGUUGAGUAAUACGUCCCUGCAGAACGGAGCCCGCGAGGGCUGGUGGGAAAAAGAGAGGUGGGCUGACGAACAGUGGAGCGACGAGGAUAGAACGAGCGAGAGAGGAACGCGAGGGCCGAGGCACACCAUCGAGUAUCAACCAGCUGGUUGGCAAGGCAGCCGCGAGCAGUCGCCAGUGUGACGCGGUACCCCGCGAGGGCUUUCGUCGUUUGUUCCGUUCGUCUAAUACGUGUGUCUAUAUGUCCGUCAUCUCCCUUCCGCUUAAACCUAUCGUGGUCGUGCGUACGUUCAUUCGUUCGUCCGGUCCGUGUGUGGUGAGUCUCUCUUCGCUAGCUUUCAACGACGACACUUGCCACCGGUCGGGACUAUCGUCUCUGUGUCAAAGUACAUCUCUGUCUCGCUCUGCCUCGCUCUCUCUCUCUUCGUUUCUCUUGGCGUGCCCGACCGAAAAGACAAGAUGGCUGCCGACUCAGGAAUGGAGACGUGUCCCUCCCCGGAGAUCGCAGACUCCAGGAAGCGGCCGCUCGAUUGUGACGCGGAAAAUGGCGCGACGAAGAGGUCUCAUUACGGAUCAGGAGGAGAUGGAACAUAUCACCUCAAAGUAUUGGUCCCUGGCGUUGCUGCAGGAGCUAUUAUCGGAAAAGGUGGAGACACAAUUGCUCAGCUGCAAAAGGAUACAGGAGCUAAAGUCAAAAUAUCCAAAUCGCAUGACUUCUAUCCAGGAACAACAGAAAGGGUAUGCUUAAUAACGGGUAGUUUAGAAGCUAUAAUGGCAGUUAUGGAUUUUAUUAUGGAUAAAAUACGUGAAAAACCAGAUCUCACGUUGAAGACAACUGUUGACUCUGAAUCAGGAAAAACCACGGCAGAGAGGGAUAAACAGGUAAAAAUUUUGGUACCUAAUAGCACUGCAGGGAUGAUAAUAGGUAAAGCUGGAAACUAUAUUAAACAAAUUAAAGAAGAAUCUGGCUCGUACGUUCAAAUAAGUCAAAAGGCAAAAGAUGUAUCUUUACAAGAACGAUGUAUAACAGUAAUUGGGGAAAAAGAGAACAAUCGUAAUGCAUUAAUGAUGAUAUUAGCAAAAGUGGCAGACGAUCCACAAAGUGGCAUAUGCCCCAAUGUUAGUUACGCGGAUGUAAGUGGUCCUGUAGCUAAUUACAACCCCACAGGCAGUCCUUAUGCUCAAGCGCCUACAAGUACACCCACGUAUACUUCUACAGCUGGCAUUAAUACAGUGAGCCUUUUGAACGGUGCUGGUCUUAGUUUGAACUUGAACUUGGGAGCUGCAAUAACGGCGGGUACAGCACCAGUGACGACGCAAUUAUUGGAGCACAUAAAGUUAAAUCUACGAACAGCGGGUUUCUCAGAACCUGCUGCUACCGAAAUUUUAUCAGCUAUUGCUACUCUCGCUAAGUAUAAUCUCCUUGGAAUGGGUAUUGGAAUGCCAUCCAGCAUGAGUUACCUUGGGAAUCCUAUGGAUAGUACCACAACCGCAAACGGUUCGAACAAUAAUGGCGGUGUAUUUGGGCCAAUUGGAACGGUUCCUGCCCUUGGAUCUACGUCUCCUACACCACGUAAUACACUCGAUAGAUACGAGGCGUUUGACCCGUUCAGACAAAACAACACAGCUGCCAGUGCUAUUCAUCUAAACAACAAUUCGUUUGGCCUGGGUACUAACCAGUUAUCACUUGUAAGUAAGAGCCCUACACAGGUAGACGUCAACAACAAGGAGACCAAGAAAGUAGACAUAGAAAUUGCAGAGGUUAUAGUGGGAGCUAUUCUGGGACCCGGUGGUCGUGCCCUCAUUGAGAUUCAGCACCUAAGUGGCGCCAACAUACAAAUCUCUAAGAAGGGCAUGUUCGCUCCUGGUACCAGGAACCGCAUAGUGACUAUCACGGGUUAUCCUAAUGCGAUCAACACUGCUCAAUAUUUAAUUGAACAGAGGAUUAGCGAAGAGGAAGCAAAACGAGCACGUCAAAAUGCCCUCGCCAGUAUGAUCAAUUGAUUUCAAGUACAGCACUUUUGUUCAUCCCCAUUAUUGAGCUCCGUUAUUCAUCUUUUCACAUCUUGAGAUGAUGCUUACGGUAGCUCUCUCUUCCCUUCUUUAACAAAAAAAAGUAACUCGUCCACUACCACCUUACCACCCGUUGUCAUCUGUCGCAACAUCACUAAUAGCGCUUGGCAUUCUCACAUCACUAUUCAUGCAUCCAUCAUGGCUCGUCAACAUUUAUCUAUCUUUUAAGAUUAUUAUGAUAUAUAUAAAUAUUAUAUGUUAAAUGAUAACUACUACAAUUGUUCUGUGAUACACCACGUUACGGGGCUUUAUCACAAAUAACACACACGUACCACAUCAGAGUCACAUAAUAUAUCUAGUUGUAUGGUAUAGGAUAUUGAAACAUGGCAUGAUAAAAACUAUAUAAUUACAUUUAGAAACGAAAUGGCACAAUUUGGCCGCAAUUGUUCUUGAAAGAUCGAGAUUGCAAUGAUACAAUGGGUAAUUGUUUCGUUUCAUGAAAUGAAAUCUAUUUUUUUUUCCCUUUUUUUUUAUACAUAUAGGAGCAUAAUUUAUCUAUUAAUACAAGGGAGAGAUACUUUUAGUUACAAGGUCAUACAGAACUCACAAAUUGAAUGACUUCGAUCUGAGGAAUUAGUACAGUGGCAUAUCUCGUUAUGCGACUUUCAUGCAGCGCUUGAUUUCUAAAGUCCUGCCGUCUGAAAACUGAAAUUUCUAAACUUGGAAGUUUGAAAGUUUCUAAAUUCAAAAUGUCUAAAUUUCUAUGCGCGCUAUAAUGACGAAGGACGCGUUAUUAAAACGUGUGGAAAACUGUGAGAAGGUUGACGCGCUGUACGGAUUAUAUAAAUGGGAGCCAUAUAACGAGACUGGCACUGUACUUAAAUGUGUAUCUCGCAAACUAAAUUACAUUCGUUUUCACAAACUGAUGUUUUGUGAAUUAUUGUAUUGAACUGUUCCUUGAACUAUGAAAUGAUUAGGCUAAUUAAGCAAUUUUACCCUUGCUUAACAUACUAUCUGAACGAGAUUUUUAAGUACAGAGUGAUACCUUGGCAAAACCAAAGAUCUUACAUAUGUUAAACAGAAAUGACUUGGCUGGAAGAUAAAUAUACAUACAAAGGGAGAGCUAUUCUACAUAUAAACAUAUAUUUAUAUAUUUACAACAGCUGGCUGGUCCAGCUAAACGAGUAACAUAAUACCUUAUUGCCAAGUUUUAUUCUGAAUCCCAAAGCCUUUAUUUCUCAAAAAUCUUCAUCGAACUUCUAGCGUUAGAUUAAUGUACACAGAAAUAUAUAAACAUCGAGCCUCAUUCUUUCUUCACAUGUAUAUGCUCUUAGGAAUGGAGAAUUCAUUAUGCUAGGAUGAUAGAGUAAGAAUCAUUCGAUUCAUUAGAAUGAAGAUUCUCGAGUAAUAGUUUCAGUACAGUUACAAUACAAUAUCAUAGAUACACGUUAACACAUUCGAAUAUUCGUCUAAUUAUUUUUAGUUUCAAGGUAUAUCAGUUGAAUACAAUUUCCAUCAAUGCAGUUUAACAUUUCUUGACACUCGCAUAGAAUUAUUUUCUUUUCUUUUCUUUUUUUUUUUGUUGUCAUUCCUUUUACAGAGUUAAAGCUGCAUGUAUAACAGUUCUUCUUAUCGUAUAGAAAUAUUUAUAUAUUUAUACACAUGUAUAUUUUCAAUAGUUUAAUUGUCGAGCAUCCUCAAUGGAAAUAUUUUGUUCUCGUUAGUAAGUAUUUCUUUUCUACGCAAUGAUUAAAUUUGUGACGAAAUGCAUAUAAUUUGAGAUUAUACACGCAUCGGAUAGUUUAAUCUUUGAUAGAAAUGCGUCCGUCAAUAAUUCAGCUAUCGUGUCAUACAUCCUUGGGUUCUGUAUGAUACUGCUUUAAUGUGGACUUCUAUUUAAGGACAACCAAAUCUUUGACAGAUGUUUUUUAACUAUCGCACCUUGACAUUGAAUCAAAUCAUUAGAUAAGGAAUGAAUUUUAGCUAGGAAACAUUGUUUCUGUUGAUGAUAAUUGUCAAUACGGAUACAGCUUACAUUUCA